GGUGGUUAUGAUCUUCCCUGCGUCCUCAACUCUUCACAGCCUCUCAAGUUUUCCAACCCAAAUAUGCCUCUUCACGCUCAUAUUUCCAGCAUAGAUUCUACAGGAACAUCGAUGAAAGUGACAUGGAUCAGUGGAAGCAAUGGCGAUCAAUAUCUACAGUAUGCAUCUGGGAAGACUUCCAAGUCCACUGUUACUACCUUCACUCAAGCUGAUAUGUGUGGUGGCCCUCUAAUUCCAAGCCCUGCCACCGAUUUUGGAUGGCAUGAUCCUGGAUACAUUCACACGGCCUUAAUGACUGGACUUCUUCCCUCUCAGAAAUAUGUUUACAGAUAUGGAAGUGAUAAUGUGGGCUGGAGUGAUCAUGUACAAUUUUCCACCCCUCCUGCAGCAGGUGCAAGCCACAUAAAAUUUCUUGCAUUUGGGGACAUGGGGAAAGCUCCUCUUGAUGCAUCUGAUGAGCAUUACAUUCAGCCAGGGUCAUUAGGAGUUAUAAAGGCCAUGACAGAAGAAGAAGAUGUGGAUUCUGUGUUCCAUAUUGGAGAUAUCAGCUAUGCAACGGGAUUUCUUGUUGAAUGGGACUUCUUCCUCCAUAUGAUCUCUCCACUUGCUUCCCGGGUAUCUUACAUGACUGCCAUUGGAAAUCACGAAAGAGACUUUCCGGGCAGUAACUCGGUAUACGAGCUGACAGACUCUGGAGGAGAAUGUGGUGUUGCUUAUGAGAGAUAUUUUCCUAUGCCGACACAAACAGAGGACAAACCAUGGUACUCGGUCAGUCAAGGGCCAGUGCAUUUCACUGUAAUUUCUACCGAGCAUGACUGGAGUGCAGGUAGUGAACAGUAUGAAUGGAUCGAGCAGGACUUGGCUUCUGUGGACCGCAAGCAAACACCGUGGCUUGUUUUCACAGGACAUCGACCCAUGUAUUCGAGUAUACACAAUAAUGUAGAUCCCAAAUUUGUUGCAGCCAUUGAACCACUUCUUCCCAAGUACCAGGUUGAUUUGGUGCUGUGGGGCCAUGUUCACAACUAUGAACGAACAUGUGCUCUAUUUAAUGAUGACUGCAAAGCUCUUCCUGAGAAGGAUGUGAACGGAGUGGAUACAUAUCACACCAUGAAUUAUAGCGCACCCAUUCAUGUCGUUAUUGGGAUGGCAGGAUUUUCUCUCGAUGAAUUUGAAUCUAACCCAUCUAACUGGAGUUUGGUACGUUACUCGGAGUUUGGGUAUUCUCGAGUGAAUGCCACGACGGAAGAAUUCCUGUUCGAGGUGAAUUAGGGUUUCAUAUUCUGCAAACAUUACUUGCAUUAUUCGAUCAUCUCUUGCUCUCUGAUAUUCUUUUUUCUGUUUGAUUUGGGCAGUUUGUAAAUUCUGGUACGCGACAAGUGAGAGAUACGUUCAAGAUAA